AUGGAGAUCGAAGAACCAUUUCCCGAAAAUUCGCGCCGUGUGAGAGCUGAAAAUAGUAGUUAUCGAGUGAGGGAAGUUUAUGAUGUUCCAGUAAACUGCAAUUUACGUUACGUGGAAGAAAAACCCGUGGGAAUCCCGUUGACGUUGCUGGAAUGGUCCCCGAAAAUGGACCUUAUUGCAGUAGCUAGUAAAACAGGUGAAGCGCUUCUUUAUCGGUUGAACUGGGUGAAAAUUUGGGGUCGUGCCCCACCGGAUAUUUCUGCGCUUGUGACAGCUAUCGUAUGGCGCCCGGACGGCCGGCUUAUUGCAUUUGGUUACAAAUCAGGAGAUAUCAUGUUGCGAGAAAUCGAGCAUGGAGACACGGUUCAUUACCUUCAUGUGAGUUCUGAAGUAACGUUCCUUCAUUGGUCCAGCGAAACCUUUGUCCAAGAAGAUUUUGAUUCAAGAGCUCGACAGAAGCACACGGUUUUUCCUCCGAGUUUCGAUAAUUCAGAGGAUAUUUUUCCUGAGCUCCCAUCGCUGUCCAAGUGCUUUGGAAUGGCGAAAGGCGUCUGGGAAGAACGUGACGGAACUCGGAAACGAAUGCUUGAUUCCGAGUCCCUCAACAUUCUCGUUGUCUGCUUAUCAUCAUCACGCGUUCUUCUGUAUGCUUAUGGAAUAUUCCUCUUCGCUGCCGUUUCCCUUGAAGAUUUGGAACUUUCCAAAAACCCCACCGUACUAGGAGCAGCGAUAACCGAUAAUUUUGACAAAUUGCUGGUCGUUCUUAGAGAAGCAGAUUCCUUCAAUACCCAUUUGCGAACUUUCAAGACGUCGUUCGUCCGAAGAGAACGUGAAGAUGUGAUCUUUUUCGCAAAGAUUUGCGCGCAGAUGGGAACGCUGAUACAGUAUCUGAAUCGAUGCAUGCAAGGUAUUCGGGAGGCUGUCGAGCUCAUGUCGGGCGAGUUCGAGUCGAAAUUUGAUAGCAUUAGGCAAAGUCUGGAUUUAGACUGCGAGACGGAUGAAGAUUCUCGGUACGAUUUGCUCGCCCAGUUUGCUGAAUACAAAGCGUUUGGUUGUCUUUCGGAUGCGUUGGAAAAGGACUUCGUACAUGGGAUCUCAGUGCGUGGUCUGAGAAAGCUCAGAACUUCGCUAGAACGAGGUUAUACCAAUAUACAGAGUUUGCUCACUGAAUACAUGCUUACUGCCGCAGAAGCAUUGUACGAUCAUGCUGAUAGGUUGCUUGGACUCGCCCGUUGUGAAGAGACCUACGAUUAUCUAGGAUUUUCUAAAGAGAACGCCCUAAAAACUGUGAAGUCCGUCGAGCAGUUAGUGCUGAAAAUCAACGAAUUUCAACAAGUACUGCUGAAACUUUUCGAAUCGUUUCUCAAAUUCAAACCAUGUGACUCCCUUCCGGACGGUAACGAAACUACUCCGGAGGAAACUCAGUGCGCGAUGGAUUUUGUUGAACAACUGCUGGCUCCUCACUUCCGUCAUCCUGCAAGUUCUCAUCGCCAAGGGAAAUUGAAAAUGUUGGAGCAGGUCACACAGUACAUCAAAGAUACCCCUCUUGUUUUUCCGGUCGACAAUCGCGACGAGGAAGGUCUCAUGUCGUGGGCCGAAUUUGUCGAUUCCAUGAAGGAAGAAUAUGGAGCAGAAGUAGAAGACGAUUUGACAGUAACGGAUGCCCGAGUAUCUCUUACAACAGCCUUACGAAUCUGUGCAGAAAAUUUGCAAGAACUCGUGGAAUUCCGACAGUCUUUCGGAGAUAUCCCUACUUUCGGUGAACCCGCGGAGCUCAAGUUCGGGUUUUCGCCGUGCGUUCGCUUCCAUGACGGAUGUAUUUUGUUUAAAUCUAUUACGAAAUCCCAACAGGAAGUUGCGUUCUGUAGCCUGAAAAACGGCCAGUGGGUUGGGGUCAGGUGUCAGUUGAUGGCAGCUGGUGAAUCAUCGUGUCCAGCCGUCAUUGAUGAUGCCGAUUUUUAUUCUCCUGCAGUGACAAGCUUUUUAAUCUACGAUCAAGCGCCGGCUAAGCUUUUGCAGUUACCCUGGAAAGACAUCGUAUCAGAGUUCAGCCCCAUCGAAUUCGAUUCCUUUCCUUGUGUCCUGUUCCGAUUUCGGGAAAGUGUCGUCCAAAAUCUUGAUGACAUCCGUGCAGGCGGAUCGUUGGCCAUCAGUGGCACACGAAAAGUCGUCGCUAUCCUUUUUAAGGACAAGUUACGGGUGCGUGUUAUGGAAACUGAGUACGUGGAGGAUGACGAAGAGCAGAUGACAGAAGAUGCGCGUGAUGAGUCCUCUGGAAAUAUGGUGCAUCUCAAUUCGGAGGACUUUGUCAUUCUUGAUGAAGAUGAACAGUUCGGGUUAAAUUUUGAAAGGUUCUUCUUGGAGCGUGAUAUUUUUUUAUACGGUGAAGAUAUGAUGGAAGGGCAUAUUGAGGAUCCCUCGAACUCAGAGGCUGAAGCAGUGCAAGUCCCUGACAGCUCCCUUGAUCAAGAAACGCUCAUACUCGAACAGCAGCGAAAGAUUGACGCUGAGAUUGCAGACCAGCAUCCGCUGGUUGGACCUUUAGUCGGAUUUGAUGACGUUCGGUCGGAGUACCCGCCGGAUUCACCCUUCGUCACGAAGCUGAAUCAGCUGGAAGAUCGAUACAAGGGCAUGCGGUCGAUACGUCGCGACGGAAACUGCUUUCUUCGCUCUUUCGCCUUCGGAUACUUUGAAUAUUGCUUGACUCACCAAGAAGAAUUUGAAAAGUUCAAGAAAUUUGCGCUGAAUUCAAAAACUGACCUUGUUGCCCAGGGGCUACCCGGUUUUGCAGUUGACGACACUUAUGAUAACGUCGCUGGUGUAUUCGAAAGCAUGGAUGCGAAGAUUUCAUUAGAUGAUUUGAGCAAGAGAUUCAACGACCAAGCUACUUCGGACUAUUUGGUUAGCUAUUUGAGGAUGGUUAUAUCUGGCCACUUACAGAAAGAAGCGACAUUCUAUGAACCUUUUUUGAUCGAUCAGUCAAUCAAAGAAUUCUGUCAAAGGGAGGUCGAGCCAAUGUUUAAGGAUUGUGAUCAUAUUCACGUGACUGCCCUGGCGAACGCGACGGAUGUUCCCAUUAGAGUAGAAUACCUUGAUAGGGAGCAAGACUCAGUGUCAACUCAUGACUUUCUUCCAAUGGACAUCCACGGAACCGGAUCCGAGCCGGCGAAGAGGAAUCCUGUGGCGUCGAGUGCCCUGUGUGAGUUGCUGAAUAUGCGUUCGGUUCUCUGUGUUCUUGUGCUAUUUUGUCUGUGUAUACAUGGGAAUGAAGAAACGUUGUUUUCUAAUAUUGUGGAGCCAGAUAUAAACGUUGACGAUAUUCCGGUUGUGGAAGGUCAUGGCAGCAUCACGAUCCCUAUUGAUCAGCAUGACGUGCUUAUACUUGAUAAAAGCAUAUUUUUGCACAUUAUCAACACUAAUCGGAUUAUCCUAGUUGAAUUCUAUGCGCCGUGGUGUGGACAUUGCAAAUCUUUGGAGCCGGAAUACGCAAAAGCAGCAGAAUUACUGAAGGAUGACGGGAUUAAGUUGGCAAAAGUUGAUGCUACUCAAGAAGAAGAGCUUUCGAAAAGUUACGGCGUUACCGGAUUUCCAACGCUGAUGUUGUUUUUGAAUGGGGUCAAAGUUGAAGAAUAUCAAGGGCCGAGGAAUGCACAUUCCAUUGCUGAGUACAUGAGAGAGAAAGCGGACCCGAAUUGGAAACCACCACCAUCAAAUGUCGUGUCCUUAACAAGCUCAAAUUUCUCGUCAUUCGUCAAAAAAGAGAAGCUUGCUCUGAUAGAGUUCUAUGAUCCAGCGUGUACACAUUGCAAGAAGUUGGUCCCAGAGCUGGAGCAAGCUGCAAAGGAAUUGAGAAAUGAUGGAAUUGCAAUCGCCAAAAUAGAUGGGAUUUUAGAAAAAGCAUUGUCUGACGAAUACGGUGUCCGAGGAUGGCCCACUUUGUUCGUUUUACGAUCAGGAAGGGUCUUCGAAUACCGAGGAACUCGGGAUGCGAAAGGGAUCAUAAAAUACAUGAGAGAAAUGAAGACGAUUCCCUCUGUGGAGGUUAAAUCUGCGAAACAGCUGAAGAACAGCUUGCCCAGGCUAACUGCAGCUGUUGUUGGAGUUUUCGACCAAGAUGGAGCCAGUUUAAGGAAUGAAUUCAUUUCUGCCAGUUAUAUAGCGAAAGGAGAAGAUUUAGAAUUCAAAUUUUUCCAUACCUCGGACCCGGAAGUUGCAAGAUUUAUCCGCGGUUCAAUCAACUCUAUUGUGAUCAUCAAGCCAGAUCUCCUUACUACAGAACAUGAAACUCAGCAUUAUGUGAUAGAUUCAAAAUCGGCAUCUGCAAAUGAUAUUAUGUCUUCCAUCAAAGCUCACGCUACGCCCCUUGUUGGCAUCCGAACAAAGCAAAAUUCUGCGCAAGAAUUUCAGAAACGUCCGAUUUUAGUGGCUUACUAUGACGUCAAUUACUCUGUCGAAUUCGUUUCCGAUACGGAGCGUGUUCGAAGGAUGAUCUCAGCAGUUGCAAAGGAUUACCCGGAUAUUCAGUUCGCAAUUUCAAGCGAAUCCACCUUUGCUGAAGAAUUGAAACUGUUGGGAUUGGAUGACAGUGGGGAAGACGUGAACGUUGCCAUUUGGGGAUCUAAUGGAGCCAAGUAUCCUAUGGAACCCGCGGACAAUUUGGGUAAAGAAGAUCUGCACAAAUUUGUGAAGAACUUCUUGGCUGGUGAAGUGAAGUCUUUUAUCAGAUCUCAAGCCGCACCGAAGAAGAAUGACGGGGCUGUUGAAAUACUUGUGGGAAGCACUUUUCAGAAAGCAAUGAGCUCAAAUCGUGAUUAUUUAAUUGAAUUUUAUGCCCCGUGGUGCGGACAUUAG